AUGCUGCUGCUGCCAGCAGCAGCAGCAGCUUGCUGCGCUGCUGACUGCGGCCCACUGACCUCGCAGCAAGGCUCGCGGCGAACAGAAGCUGCGACCUCUUCUCCUAAUUUUGACGCAGCUUCCCCGAGUCCCGCGGGCGCCGCCGCCUGGACAGCGUGCUGCAGACACCUGAAACGCGCAAAGUCGCGGGGCCCCAUAUCUGCGGAAACUUGGCGUGCGCAGCAGCGCAGCAAACUGCAGCAGCAGCAGCAGCAGCAGCUGCAGCAGCAGCAGCGGGGGCUCUCCGGCCUCGGGGCGGCGCCCAGCCGCGAUGUGAAGGGCCUCUUUUUGCUGCUUCUUCUUGUCUUUUCUUUCUCCUUUUCUCUUCCCUUUUUUGCUUCUUGCUGCUGCAGCAUGACUGACGCAGAAGCGGCAACAGCUUCCCCCGCCACCACCCCCAGCAGCGGCGAGGCGGAGGACUCCGUCAGCCCUGACGCCCCUGCUGCUGCUGCUGCUGCUGCUGCUGCAAGGCGGCGCCGCGCCUCUGCUGCUGCUGCUGCAGCUAGCAAGCUGCCCAAGGCUAGCCAGGAUGGGGGCUCGGAAGCAGCAGCAGCAGCAGCAGCAGCUGAAAGCUCCCAGGCGCGCAGCAGCGCAGCAAAGGCAGCAGCAAAGGCAGCAGCAAACGAGAUUGAAAACACAACUAAUUGCUGCUGCCCUUCCAAACUGGAUUUCUUUGACCCCAAUUCAGACAUAGCGAAAUCUCCCUACAGAGGAUUCGCCACGCUUCUCUUCAUUUGCUCGGCUUUUUAUUUAGUGGCAAACCCUGUAAUGCGUUGGUACGAAAGGGGAGAGUACUUUGACACUUCGUUGGCCGUCAGCAUGUUUUACGACUUCUUUUACCUGAUGUUCAUGUGGUUCAAGUUGACCGUCUGGUCCUUGACCGCCUAUUUGCUGCACGUGUUGUUCAUGAAGAACUGGAUUGGCCGGCGGACUUUAUUUGCCCUGCAGCACUUCACGCAGUGCGCCGCAAUAGCCUACGCCGUGGGCCACUGCCUUUACCACAAGUGGCCAAUAAUUCCUGCAGCAUUUGUCCAAGUGGCUGCUGUGUGCAACUUCAUGAAGAUGCACUCCUACACAGAAAUCAAUCUGGAGUUCCACCGAAAAAGAAAUACUGCCGAUGCAUGCAAACACUACCCUGGCAACAUCAAUCUGCCAAACUUCUUCUACUACAUGGUGGUCCCUUCGCUUGUCUAUGAGCCGCAGUUCCCCCGCGGCAAAGGAUUCCGCCCCGCCUACUUUGUUUGGAAACUCAUUUCCCUCGCUAGCGCAAUGACAGUGAUGUACUUGGCGUGCACUUCUUACUUGAUUCCGACAAUAAGCCGAUCUCCCCAGGUGUCUCUACUGGAGGCGAUCUUCAGUUUAAUAUUUCCUUUUUUGUUUUUGGAUCUUCUCAUUUUCUUUAUUCUCUUCGAAUGCAUUUGCAACUUGCUUGCGGAGAUCACCAACUUCGCCAAUCGCGACUUCUACCACGACUGGUGGAACAGCACCAACUGGGAUGAGUAUUCUCGAAAGUGGAACAGACCAGUCCACAAGUUCCUUUUGAGACAUGUCUACAUGGAAACCCAGCAAAAGUACAGGUGGAGCCAACGCAGCGCCGCGUUGGCCACUUUCCUCUUUUCCGCUCUUCUCCACGAAAUGAUAAUGGCUGUGUGCCUGCGGUUCGUGAGGUUCUACCUGUUUGCGCUGAUGCUGCUUCAAAUCCCCUUGGUGGCCUUGGGCCGAUACUACACGCACAACCGCUGCCUCGCAAAUGCUAUCUUCUGGGCCUGCAUGCUGCUCGGCGUCCCGCUGCUGGCGGUGGCUUACGGGAGGGAAUUUGCUCAAGAGCAUUUUUACAUGGUGGCUGGCUGGGUCCCGGCUGCUGCUGCGCAGCAGGAGCAGCAGCAGCAGCAGCAGCAGCCGCUGCUGCUGCUGCUGCAGCAGGCCAGUUUGCCUACCAAGGGGCGGGCAGCUGCGGGCCCGGCUACAGAGACAGGCUGGGAGCAGCAAGCAGCUGCAGGGCGAGCUGCUGCGUCGCGUGCAUGCAGAAGACGCAGCUGCAUGCGCGAGUGA